GCAAGAAGUUCAAUUGGAAUUAAAAAUGGCGGAAGAAGAAGUGGUUUUCCGGCCUUUCUGUUAAAAGCAGCAAAUUAAGACUCUGGCGAGCUAUAAACAGAUUACCAACCUUCCCUUAAUUAAGGCCAUCGUUCUCUAUGUGCAGAUUCUGUUUUGGUGAAGUGUAGAUUGAAGAAGGAAUCAUUCAAAACAUGUCUGGAGAUGUCCAGAGUGUCACUGAAGAGGCCAUCGUGUGCAGCGAGAGAGGGAAAUUUGAAAUAGUUGUGGUGGGAUCGUGUUUUGUGGACAUGUUGUGGUACAUCCCUAGACUUCCAAAAAGAGGCGAGACAAUUCAUGCGACCAAAUUCCAGAUGGAUUUCGGGGGGAAGGCGGCUAACCAGUGCUGCAUGGCCUCAAAGCUGGGUGCAAAGGUCGCUAUGGUAGCUAUGGUCGGCAAAGAUAAGUUUGGCGAUGAUACGAUACAAAACUUCAAAGAUCUGGGCGUGAAUACCGAUCAUAUACUCCAAACAGACGACGCAGCCACGGGAGUCACCAGUAUAAAUGUUGAUAGUGAAGGCAAACCAGGAUUUAUCAGUAUGGCAGGCAGCAAUAGGCUUUUGACAAUAGACCAAGUACAACCAGCACUCAAUAAACUCCAAGGCUUUCAUGUACUCGUCUGUGACAAAGGCAUUCCUUUAAACACUUCCGCUCAAGUUCUCAAACAUGGCAAGCAAUUAGGAGCAAAGACAAUCUUCAACCCAUCCCCAAGGAUUGAGCAGAUGGAGCCUGAGAUGUACCGUAGCAUUUCCCUGAUGGUCUUGAAUGGUGACGAAGGGGAGGGGCUUACAGGAAUACCUGUCAAUGACAUCACAAGUGCUAAAACUGUGAUAAUGGAGAUCCAUAAAAGAGGGACUGCAGCUGUGGUACUUACCUUAGGGAAACAUGGCGCAGUAUGCUCCCAAGAAGGAUGUCCUAUGUUCCAUGUCAAGACCCGCCAAGUGCAAGCUGUUGACACCACAGGUGCUGGUGACUGUCUAGUUGGCUGCCUUGCAUUCUACUUGGCUAACUACCCACACUUGUCGUUCCCUGAGAUGGUUGCUAGGGCAGUGGACAUCGCAACUACAGCAGUUACGUCAGGUGGUGUCCAGUCAAGCUACCCGUCUCACAAGGACCUAUCACAAGCCUUGUUUGACGAUAUAGAGGUUUACUCUUUGGACAAGAGUAUUGUCUGAUUAUUUUUUAUUAAAGUUUUUUAUUUCAUCAUAAUGAAUUAGUCAAUAAAUCAUCAUGGUGGCAAA